AUGCGCUUUCCAAAGGCGGUGCUUAAAGUACUAGAGAAGAAAGGCAUCAAACGGCCCACUCCUAUCCAGAUACAGGGAUUGCCUGUGGCGCUGAGUGGCAGAGACAUGAUCGGCAUAGCCUUCACGGGAAGUGGAAAAACCAUGGUUUUUUGCCUUCCCAUGGUGAUGCUAGCGCUCGAGCAGGAGACCAUGCUGCCGUUUGUGGGGGGGAGGGGCCCUUUGCCAUCUGCAUAUCACCGUCACGCGAAUUGGCCAGACAGACGUACGACGUCGUGGGCGAGUUCUGCCAGGCACUGCGCCAAGGAGAUACGCCAUGCGUUGGCCAUGGGAGGAGUGAAUGUGAAGGAGACACUAGACGUUGUCAAGAAAGGCGUGCACGUGCUAGUGGGAACAACAGGACGACUCAUGGACAUGCUCAACAAACAACUGGUCACCCUAGACCUAUGCAAAUUGAUGGCGAUGGAUGAGGCAGAUCGAAUGGUCGACGAUUUCGAGGAAGACGUGCGAACGAUAUUCUCAUACUUUAAGGCCCAGCGGCAGACCAUUCUGUUCUCGGCCACAAUGCCUCAGAAAGUGCAGGACUUCGCACGCAGUGCCUUGGUGAAGCCAGUGAUUGUCAAUGUGGGCCGUGCGGGUGCCGCCAAUCUGGAUGUGAUACAGGAAGUGGAAUACGUUAAGCAAGAAGCCAAAAUCGUGUAUCUGCUGGAGUGUCUGCAGAAGACGGCGCCACCUGCUCUAAUUUUCUCAGAGAAUAAAGCCGAUGUGGAUGACAUCCACGAGUACCUCUUGCUCAAGGGAGUCGAGGCUGUGGCCUGUCCCAAGCUGGAGGGUGACCAGAGCAAACAAAUGGGCAUCACCAAGAAGGACCAAGUGCUGGCGGAAGGCGGUGGCGAUUGGUAA